AUGAGCACCGGAAAGGAGAACCCUAAUCUCGAGGACAAGGAGAAGGAAGGCGAAAAGGAGCCGACCCCUACCACGACUGGGGGGGGUGACUCCUACAACCCAGUCUUCGGUGCUGCCUGUGCCUUAGCCGGCCUCUUCAACUGCAUCACCGUCCAUCCUCUCAACAUAGCAGCUGGAGUUUGGAUGAUGUUGAAUGCCUUCGUUCUCUUCCUCUGCGAAGCACCGUUCUGCUGCCAGUUUGUCGAGUUUGCAAAUGCUGUGUCGGCAAGGGCAGAUAAGCUCCGCCCCUGGCAGAAAGCCCUUUUCUACUGUGGGAUGGCUGUGUUUCCAGUCAUACUGAGCCUGACUCUGACAACUUUGCUGGGCAAUGCCAUUGCGUUUGCGACAGGUGUGCUGUACGGACUUUCGGCCCUGGGCAAAAAGGGAGACGCCAUUUCGUAUGCGAGGAUGCAGCAGUUGCACAAGCAGACCAAUGAAGAAAGGCUGACAGGGACCGUCGAAGGGCAGCCAGUGUGACCUCCCACUUCAGAAGGAUUCGUUUUGGGGGCAGUAAUUCCCAUCCUGACUUUGAAAAAGUGAAUCCUGCAAAUCCCCCGACUGUGGUAAAACUGACCUCAGAACUUUUUUUUUUUGAAGCUCUUCCAGACUUUCUUUCCAGGACCAGGAAGGACAGAAAGAACCUUAAUCCCUUUCUCCUCAAAACGUCUUUCAGAAAACUGAGCGAAUGCAACACUGUGAAUCAAACAUGCCGCAGCUUUUAAGGGCCUUCGCCCCAUCCCACUCCACAGGUUGUAUUGGAACCAAAUAGGGUGAAAAGCCCAUUCAUCACAAUAUUGGGCUGUAUUCUCAGGCAACCCUUCAUAUGCUGCUUGACAACCUCCCGGUUUGGGGGCUCAGUAUGGUACUUCUGGGAUCAACGGGUGCCGUAUCCUCCCAUCCAUGAGUGAUGGCAUCAUGUGCCUUCCAGAAUUCUAAUUCUGUGAGCAACCACGCUCUCAUUUGGUGGUCUCCCACAGCUGUGACUUGUAGGGGCUGCAGACUUUGGUAACUUUGCCCCCUCCCCUAAAGGGAGUUUAGUUUAGUUUUAUUAUUACGGUCUUAAGACCAACAUACAGAGUAAGCAUAAUAUGUGGGACCCUAAAGGGAGUGUUCCGGUGCGCACUGCAGAAUUAUCUUUCUUUCGAGUGUUCAGUGAAAUAGUUUAGUACUUUUAGAACUUAAUGGUGGAGUGCUGAUUAGGAGAUGCCUUUUUUUUGUAGGGCGAGGCAUGAUUUGUGUGUUUUCCCACGAAUUUCAGUCUCUCCUAGAGACUGCUAUGUAGAGAGAACACAGUUUUUACUAUUUAAUAAAAUAGAACGUUUUGCAAGUUUGACCAGGAUCCUCCCCAGAGGCAGGCGUUUACUGGAGUCUUAUCAAAGCC